AGCUGACACCUUGCUCAUCCGGCUUAAAGUUCGCUGUCAAAGCACAAGGAGCACACAUGGUUUGUUUUGCAGCUUUCGUGCUCCCUGCAUCACUGCUUUUGUGAGCAGGACGAGACCGGAGCAAAGGGCUCGUUUGUUUCCAUGCUCUCUCCUUCUGCUCUGCGAAUGUGGGAAGCAGCCAAGCCCUGCUCCGUCUGGUUUUUAUUACCGUGGAGGAUCAGGCUGCAGGGAUCAGGCUGCUUUUAACUCACAAAGCACCCGGCAGGAAACCACGCCAGUUCCCAAGCAGCGAGAGAGAAACUGAAAGCUGUCGGCCAGGAGAUCAGCCUUGAGUUUAUUUUUGCCAUUUCCCAACACUGGUGCUCCGGCUGCUUGGAAAUAGCGGAGUGUUUCACAGCUCCCUGGCUGGGAAGAGCAUUUUUUGGGGAAAAAAAGAAACCAACAACAAACAACUGUGGGGCUGGAGCGGAGCAGGGAGGUGGAUUUUGACCUAUCUGGCAGAAUGGAAGGCAAAAGCCUACCCAUGAGCUCAGAUUUCCAGCAUUACAGUUUCAGGAUGCCGAACAUCGGGUUCCAGAACCUGCCUCUCAACAUAUAUAUCGUGGUUUUUGGCACGGCCAUCUUCGUCUUCAUCCUCAGUUUACUGUUCUGUUGCUACUUGAUCAGGCUCAGACAUCAAGCACACAAAGAGCUUUACGCCUACAAACAGGUAAUACUCAAGGAGAAGGUGAAGGAGUUGAACCUACACGAGAUUUGUGCCGUUUGCUUGGAGGAGUUCAAGCCCAAGGACGAGCUGGGGAUCUGCCCGUGCAAACAUGCCUUCCACAGAAAGUGCCUCAUCAAAUGGCUGGAGGUGCGCAAGGUGUGUCCGCUCUGCAACAUGCCCGUGCUGCAGCUGGCACAGCUGCACAGCAAGCAGGAUCCAGGCCCUCCCCAGGGUCCUCUACCUGGAGCAGAGAACAUCGUAUAGCUCUGCACCAGCACGGACUGCCCCGGGGCUGCUGGGGGGUACCUGGAGACGACCAAAGCACUACGGCACCAGCAAGGAGCCAAGCUGGGGACAGGAGGAUGGAGAGCUGAGAGCACUUUAGGGAAGUAGCAUCCCCACGCCCCAAAAUGGUGCUUGGCCUCGGAAUGGGGUUUUCCUCACCGGGAACAUGGAGCUCAGUGACUGUCGGGAAGCCUCAGCAUAAUGCCUUGGGAUGGAGCGGUGCCUGAAUGCACUCAUCCCCCUCUGAGCAUCACCCAGGAGAGCCGGUGUCCAUCCUGCACGGUGCUGUGGGGUCAGUGCCAUCCAAAGGGGGAAUUUUCACCCCUGAUUGUGAUCCCUACUGAGGAUUGCAGUUUCUCCUCCCAGGGUUUGGGGCCGGGUGCUUUUUGGGGUGGCUCCCCCUCCUGCUCAGUGCCACGGGCUACCUCAGGGCUUCCUUCAUCCCCGCCAUGGGUAAGAGCAUCUCCCAUUGGUGCAACCACCUCGGUAUCACAGCAAGGUGGGGGCAAACCCUGCCCUUUGGGUUCACGUUGAGCCUGGCUCUUUGGGUUUCCAAGCACGGAUGGCUCAGCACCACCCAAAGUCCCCCCCCAACCCUCCCCGAGUGCCAAAGCUGCUGGGGGCUGCACCACCCCCUCCUCUCCUUUCACCCCACGGGGCAAAUUCAGCCCUUUUCCAGGCAUCGUUCCCCCCUCAACCCUGCAGCUCUUUAUGGGGGGGGUUCCAGUGUUACCCCACAGCGGGGC